UAAAGGUUAGUCCUUGGACUUCAUCAGAGGGCGUCCGACUUAAUCAUACAAUCUACUUUUUGGCGUUCCAGACGAAAAUAAAGGAGAGGCAUUCAAGUUGUAAGAUGAAGUUACUUUUCGUCAUCACCUUUUUCCUCUGCAUUUCUGUUGGUAAGUUCAAGUACUUUUUUUCACCGACCAAUUUUACAGUUGCUUAAGUUAAAAGCUUGGGUAAAAUGCACGCGCUCGGCUCUUGGCGCACAACGAGUUGUGGUCGGUUUAUAUCUUCAAUUUUCUUUCAUUAUCUAGUUUUGUUCGGAAUUUACUAAUUAGAAUUAGUGCACGUUUCUCGGCGUAAAGAAAAUUGAGGGAUUAGGCGCGAUUAUUUACGCAAUUACACUUAAAAUCCUGUAAAACUUACAAAUUAAUUUACAUUCAGCCAGCGCCCAUUUCUAGCGUGUGAAGACUCACUGAACAUCAAACUGACGAAUUCCAAGGAUAUUUUGAGUCCAGCUUCGUCAAUUAUGUCUUGCUCGCCGUGGGAAAGCAGUAAAUUGACUGAUUAAGAUAUGGCAGGAAAAAUUGCGCAACAAAGUGCUUAUUGGUCAAUUCUUCAUUUUUUUCUCAGCAGCAUUGCGUCGAUGAAAUUCUGUAGCUGUCGCUACAGAAUUCUUUAUUUUCCGUUUUAUUUGAACGUAUGCUUGAAGAGGCAACUGCUAAUUUUCGUAUUGAGUGUAAAUUUCGUUGUGGGCGUACAUCAGAAAUGAUGUUUCGAAAUACGCUAAUCGCGCGGAUGUUUGAGAAGAUGAGGAUACUUAAGCUAAAACCAUUCACUUUCUAUCUUGUUGAAGAUGGAAAGACGAAGAAACUACGACGUUACCCAAUAAGUUGUUUGUUCUCCUUUGUUCUAAAGAAGUAAUUCGAUGAUGAUUCAUCUCAACUUUAAGUGAAUAACAUGCAGCUAUUUCAAUAUCACUUUCGAAACAAUUUCGCAUAACAUUUCACAACAGAAAAUAGAUCUAAAGAGCUGCCAAUGAAUUAAAAACAUCUUCUUUUCCUACCUUAGGAUACGGCUUGAAGUGUUACAAAUGUUUGACUAACAAAGGCUGGGAUGAGUGCAAAGACAUCAGAACAGAAAUGGAUUGUCCUGCCGGUCUCGAUCGCUGCUUCAAGGCAUCUGCAGACGUAAAAGAUGAAGGUGCAUCCGUUCAAGAAUAUGGCAAAGGCUGUAUGACUGAAGAAGAUUGUAAAACUGAUCUGAGCUCUAUCUGUAAAGGCAAAGGAAAUUGUAAACUGGAUUGUUGCUCUGGUGACCUGUGUAAUGCUGCCACACUAAAGAAAUCCAGCGUCGCUGCUCUUAUCGCAUGCACUUUAAUGGCUUUGCUGUAUUAGAAUGAAAAGAUGCAGUUUUCUUAGUUGUUGUUGAACUUUGUAGCUAUAGACAGAAACUAAAGCAGCUGUUAUUAAUUUCUUUUCCAAUGUUUCAUUUUUUUAAACAUCGCAAGCAAUACUUUAACCAAGCCUAAGAAACAGAUUGUUUUGAAAAGCUGUUUCAUUUUUUAAUAAAGGGUAGUUUAAGGUUUU